AUGUCAUCUGGUUCAACUUCUGUAGAUCAGAUGGGUUGGACCGGUGCCAUCGCAUCUGCAGCUUACCCAGCUGGAGUCACGAUCAUCGUUUUACUCCUUGGGCUCCUACUUGCUCUUCCACGAUGGAAGCUUUUCGCGAUAUCUUCUCCAAUUAUACCACCUGCCGCUCCCAUGUGCUACAGAAUCCAACAAAUCCCUGCUACAGUGACAGAAACAGAGCUUCUAAGCCAGUUGGUCGAAUCCAUUCCAGGCUUUGACAGACUGGACUCGGCAAGGCUUCGCUUGAAGAUUGCACGUUCGUUCGGACAGUCUCGCACCGCAACGUUCAUUUCAGCCAAGGCUCCAGAGAAUCUAGGAUAUCACCUCGACAAAAAUUUCUACGGAACAACCCUUUUAUACGAGGGGGAGAAUGCCACCGUGGACAUCAUUGCGGUUCACGGUUUAGGCAGUCAUGCAAUUGGUGGAUUUCAAAAUAAAGAAACCCAAGCAGUUUGGCUACGUGAUUUUCUACCCAAAGAUUUCCCGAAUAGUAGGAUUCUUGUCUAUGGGUAUGGCUCAGCUAUCACCGAUCAAGACAGUAAAAUCUCCAUCGAGGGCCUGGCGAGAUCCUUUCUAGACUCCUAUAAGGCCUUCCGACAAACGACAGAGACCACACAGAGGCCGAUGAUUUUCAUUGGCCAUAGCUUGGGAGGGCUUUUAAUCAAAGAGGCCCUCAUCUUGGCAAAUCAGGAUGACAAAGACCGUGAAAAUAGCGACUUCUUCAAAUCCGCAUCCGGAUUGAUGUUCUUUGGUGUCCCGAAUAUGGGAAUCAAUCUGGGAAAGCUACGAGAGAUCACCCGCGGCCAACUCAAUAACCAGUUAAUAAUGGAUCUUCAACUUGAUUCGGAAUCGGAACCAACUCCAUACCUGAAAACACUACUAGGAAGGUUUAGAAGCUGUCACGAGAAGCAAGAUCCGCCAAUGAGAAUUAUCUCUUAUUAUGAGGGCAAAAUGACCGAUACCCUAAAGGUCGACAAAAGUGGCAAAAUAUCAAGAGGAGGGCAUAAGUGUUUUAUGGUGACAGAGGAAUCCGCGUGUCAGAUCGGGUUUUUAAACAACACACACGAUAGGCUGCCUUUGCCUUCCAAUCAUUCAAACUUGGUAAAGUUCUUGAAUGAGGCAGAUGACAGCUACGUAAGAGUACGGAACAAGUUGCGAAGACUUAUCGAAGAAGGUCCGGAUGUUGUUUCCAACCGAUUCAUGCCCCCUACCAAGCUUUCGUCAGAAGAGAAGCGACACUGGGAUGACUUGAACGUUCCUGACUACCGAGCCUUUUACAAAAGCGGGAAACUAGCGAGGCCAACUGAAGGGACUCUUCAAUGGCUCGUGCAAGAGGCCCCUGCUGAAAAGAAUCCUUCUCCAUACCAGUACGAUAAGUACCAGCGUGAUAUUCACUGCCUGCGAGCAACAGAUUUCGAAGCCUGGCAAAAGAAUCCCAAGCCAUGUGCACUGCUAGUACUCGGGCCACCUGGGCAAGGCAAAUCGGUAUUGUCAAAUUUUAUAGUGUCACACCUCCAGCAGCAGCAAUCCACCAACAAGAAGAAUAGUGUCAAAGUGAUCUACUUCUUCUGCAAUAUCAAGGACGAUAACUCGAGAACUGCGUCUUCUGUUCUUCGGGCACUGAUAGUGCAGCUAUCCGAAGACCAAAGACUAUUUCAGACUCUUCCCAACCGAUUUCAAGACCCUAAAGAGUAUAGAUCCUUUCAUUCGGCUGGGUUCUAUGACCUGUGGAGCACUUUUCAUGAUCUAGUGUCCUUGAGCCCAUAUGAUUGGAUUUACUGCAUCAUUGAUGGCUUGGACGUGUAUCCAGACCCGGAGAUGAGGGCCCUGCUGCAAAAAUUGCACGACAUGAUCCAGGUCAAGACGGCAUACCGGCUGAAGCUGUUCUUUACCAGUCGGCCAACUGGUCCUGUGGAUAUCUUUGCAGCUGAACUAAGACGAAACCUUCGACCGCCUCAAAAAGAUAUAAAGACUUUUAUCGAGUCGCAGGUUGGGUCAUUGCCUGCAAAAUUCAAGAACUUCAAAAGAGAAAUAGUGGACUCUCUUAUGAAUUUUGCAGGAGGUACUUUUCUUUGGAUACAUAUUGUAUUAGGGGAGGUCCAGAAACUUCGGUACCCAACCAGUAUUUUGGUCCAGGCAACAAUAAACCAAACACCACGUGAGCUCAACGAGUUAUACAUGACCCUUAUCCAGACCGCGUUCAAAGACGACCAUGAUAAGGCCAUUUUGGCCUGGGUAGCCUAUGCUAAAAGGCCACUUUCUCUUGAAGAAUUGGAAAUGGCUGUGGCUGUUAUGGUUACGAAUGCAAACAGCUUAUCAGAGUGCAAUAAUCAAAAGGCUUCUUUGGAUAGUGACUCCAUCCAUGAAAAGCUGGGAGCAUUGGUUGAUAUUAUUGAUAACAACCUCUAUUUAAUCCAUCAGUCGUUACUGGAUUUUCUAAAGGGCCAGCCGGAAAUAUGGGAGAAAGGAGGCCUCACACUCAAAUUUCAACGACACCCGAAUAUCGAAUUAGGGAGGACGUGUCUAAACUAUUUAAGUUUUGCCGAUUUGACCUUCAACGAUAAAUCCGACCCUCGCUUUCCGCGUGUUCUGCUUUUCCCUCAUUACGCUUCUAAUCAUUGGUAUGAACAUAUACAGAGCGCCGAGGACGUCACGGACGACAGGGAAAAGCUGAAAUACGCAUUAAAGGGCCAAAACAAGCUGUUUUGGCUAAACAGAAACACUCGGUGGGAGCAAAGGGCUUCCCAGAGAGGUCUUUUUCGUCCACGUAAAUCAUUAUUCAGCAUAUCCCUUGUGUUGGAUAUUGACUGGCUGGUACGAAUACUGAUAGAUAACAGUAUACCGGAAAUCUCGGAGAUUUUAAAAGAAAGCGAUCUGAUGAUAGCAGCCGAAGGUGCACCAAAGGUGCUUCAAGAGCUGCUACAGGAUAAAGACGCUUUACCAGAGGUCAAUAUAAGAGCGGACAAACAAAAGAGCAACAACAUUUUAAAGAUCCUCGUGGAACAUAGAAGUGAUGAAGUCAAGAUCACGGAGAAUGUGCUUAGGGCAGCAGCAAAUAAUUUCAGAAAUGGGAAGGGGCUUCUCGAGCUACUACCAGACGAAAGAGGCGAUGAGGUUCAUAUCACGGAGAAGGUGCUUAUAGCAGUAGUAACGAAUCAAAUCAAUGGGAAUGAGCUCCUAGAGCUACUGCUAGAGGAGAGAGGCGAUGAGGUUCAGAUUACGAAGAAGGUGGUUAUGGCAGCAGCAUUAAAUCUCAAUCAUGGGAAAGAGAUCUUAGAGCUACUGCUAAAGAAGAGAGGCGAUGAGGUUCAGAUCACGGAGAAUGUGGUUACAAGGGCAAUGAUAAACUUCAAGGAUGGGAAGCGGAUCCUAGAGCUGUUGCUAGAGAAGAGAGGGGAUGAGGUUCAUAUCACAGAGAGGGUGAUGCUAGAAGCAGUAAAGAACUGUUUUCAGGGUGAAAAAAUCCUAGAGCUACUGCUAGAGAAGAGAGGCGAGGAGAUACAGAUCACAGAGAGGGUGAUUCUAGAAGCAGCAAAGCACAGUUAUCAGGGUGACGAAAAGAUCCUAGCGCUACUGCUAGAGAAGAGAGGCAAUGAGGUUCAGAUCACGGAGAAGGUGGUUAGAGCAGUGAUGCGGUUUAAAUCAGGGAGGAAGUGGUUCCAGCAACAAGGCAUCGAGGUUGAGAAGGUCUCAAAGCUUCCACGAGGAAGAGAGGUGAUAGGCAGAUCACAUAGUCCAGGCCUAGGGUCAAUGGAAUGA